UGGAACAUCCCAGGUAAACAGCUGGUCCGUAAUGGCUACAGUUGGCAUGGAAGGAAAGCCGAGCGUUCUUAUAUUGGGAGGCAUCAGUUUGGUGCAAGUAGUAGACAAAGUGCCACCAGCCACUGCUUGGUUGGGAGGCAGGCAAAAGGCAGUCUUUGAGAGGAUAGAGUUUAAGUCAGCUAAUCUUAUAAAUCCAGCAUCUGUACAGAGGGCAUUUGAUGAUGACGUGACCUAUGACCUAGUGGUGAACUGUGCGUCAGAAGGCAGACUGGGCCAGAUGGAACCGGUGUAUAAUGAGGGGAUUGUAAAGCUGUCAGUCAACUGUGCAAAGGAGGCAUCCCGGAGGGGGGCACGGCGGUAUAUAGAACUGUCCACAGCACACAUCUAUGCACCAGACAAGGUUGCCAGUACGGAGGAAUGUAAGAUCUCUCCAUGGACAGACAUUGCGCAACACAAGCUGAAAGCAGAACAAGAGAUCAGCAAUAUUAAAGGGUUAAACUACGUAGUUCUGAGACCUGCCAUUGUCUAUGGACCUGGGGACAGAACUGGACUCACCCCCAGAAUGCUGGUUGGUGCAGUUUACAAGGAGCUGAGAGAAACCAUGAGACUUCUGUGGUCCCCAGAGCUGCGAACAAACACAGUACACGUUACGGAUGUCUGUCGGGCAAUCUGGCACCUCGGGAACACCGGAAACAGCGGACAGGUCUUCAACUUAGCAGACAAGGGAAACACCACACAGGGCCAAACAACAGAAUUUGUGUCGCAAAUCUUUGGAAUCCAGUACGAGUUUCUGGGGUCGGUUAUCUCUAAUGUUGCCAAGAUCAGCCUUCCAGAAGUUUGUGAGGACCUGAAUGAGAAGCACAUGGAGCCGUGGUCGGCUGUCUGUCAGCGUAGCGGCAUCGUGAACACACCGCUCAGUCCCUUCCUGUAUGAGGAACAGCUGUACAACAAGCAUCUAUGCAUCGAUGGCAGUGCAAUAGAAUCUACAGGCUUCACAUAUCAACAUCCACACCUCACAGUGGACAGUCUACGAGAGGUGAUGGAGGGUUUUGCUGCUCAGGACCUCUUCCCAAAGUCUCUCCUGUCCUGAGGAACAUCUGCUGUUACCACACGUGCCUACAGCGCACCUGAUGUGCAUCUGUUGCAGCUGUGUACAUGUUAAAGCUGUACAGCUGUCACAGCUGUGCA